AUGACAUUCUGUGUAGCCCCUGAUGGUUAUAUAGGGAGGAAACUACGUGUUUACGAUUCUUGCAUUUUUUCUUGCACCUUAACAAAACCUUCUAUCUAUCUUUAUACCAAGUUUUUUAUAUCAACGCGUCUUCUGAACAAAAAAUAUCCCGUCUUUCUGGGGCUUCGUCGAGACGCUAUUGUUGCCACUACUCCGGCAGAUUCCUGUGAUAAGGAUCUUGAUAAUCUUUGGGCAGGCCGUUUUAUACAUGAAAUAACUAAAUUUGAUACUACCUUGGGAAAAAGGGUUGAUCAGAACGGAGGCGCCGUGCGAAAGAUUGAGGAUUACUGGGAUAGUAUAAUCUCAGAAUACAAAACAGUGAUUCAGAGGAGCCCAGGUUCGAAAUUUGCAAGAACGAAGGGGGCGAUACCAUUCCGGACAAGAGAGAAUGAUCUUCGGGAUAUAGAAUGUAUACGUUAUAAUCGUGAAGCAUCUUCGAGGAAGCGUAAAAAUAAACCCGUGUCACAAACACUAUCAUCGCGCUCAACAUACUUAUCCUCGCCUUCACGAUCACCACUACCUUUGUCAUCUCUCCCACAAUCACCGCUACCAAUAUCACCUUAUCUACAGCUACUAUCAUCACCGUCACCUCUACGAUAA